AUGGCCUCCGACCAGUCACAAUGUCAGGCCUUGCAACUUUCUGAUGGCCAGAAAUGCAAGGACGAGGCCACAAAUGCCAAUGGCCUCUUCUGUAAGCUCCAUGCCAGGCAGGCUUUCGGCUUAUACAAGGGCUACAAACGGCGCAAUGCCCAGCUAGAUGCGCUCGACGAAGAGUCGCCUCCGUACCUAACGAACACGCAAGUUCCUCUCGCGAACGAAACUUUCGAAAGUAUUCAACACGAGAACGUGCUUCGAGAAGUUCACUCUCAUCUAUUUGGCAAGUAUGUAUUGCUCAGCAAGGUCAUCGAAGCUCGCAAACUUCACCACAGGCACUUCUACCCACUCCAGGUUGAUUAUGGCCAUCAAGCAUACGUCGAUAAGCUCAGCAGCCAGCGUCACACUAUUCUUCGCGCUUUGGAGACACUCGAAAAGCGAACUGCGCAAGUAUUGUAUCAAAAGGAGCAAUGGUUUACAUGGGUUCGCAAGGUCCAGGAGAAGGAAGAAGCAAAUCGAGUGAAGGAACAGAAAAAGGUCAAGCAAGAAGCUGCUUUGUUUAGGCGACACAUGAAGAACCUGCGGACAAGGCUAGACCUGAUGCGACAAAAUGAGGAAAAGAUGUGCCAAGAUGCAUACCUCAACGACGCUUAUUGGGAGCGAUUGUCCUUGUCGGUAGAUAAGUCGGCAGAUGGGACGUGGGACCCCAUUGAAGAUAUGGAACACGAGAAGCGGCAUCGUUACAUUGACUUGAUCAAGCACUUCCUCUGGCUGGAGGUGCUGGACACAGACGAGGCCAAAACCCAUUUGAAUGGCUCAAAUACCAAAACCGAAGAGAUUGGUCCUUAUGGUGAGCCUCAAACACCCACCACGAAGCCGAGAAAAAAGUCAAAGACAAAAGGUGGAGCUUCUAAAUCCAACGCCGGAGGUCACAACUCUGCGGACGCAGGCAUGGCCUAUAGAGGCCAGAAGAAGCUCUUGGUAAUGCAGCAGAGCUCGCAAACCGCCAGUAGCACUGAUCUAGAAGAGCCAGAUAAGAACAACAUCGAGACAGAAGAGGAAAUGAGGAAACGCCUGAGCCAAGGAGUCAAGAAGAAUUACGACAACAUUUGGGGCUUUCAGCUUGUCGGUACGUUGGAGAACCCUCAUGAGACCCAUGAAAGGACAGCACCGAUGACGGAUGACGAGAUCGAAUCGGUCGUCAACGAUAUCAGGGAGAUCAAACUGCUACUGUUUAGUCGCCUGCUCCUUGCACAAGCGUCCCUGUUGCCUGCUGCGCUACGAGCCAGCAGUGUGCAGGAAUUUCUCAGCGACGCGGAGGUUAGCGAAUCUGAUCUGCGGGAUCUCUGUUUGAAGUUAGAAGAGCCUACUCUCCAAGUCAUUAGAGAUGCAUGUGCCGACUUUGCCCGCGGAGACAAAGCAGAUGAGGAUACCCAACACAUCACUGACGACGAAGACGAGACCUUUGAAGAACUGCUCAAUGACCAGCGACGAUAUUCACACCUCCAUACUCAUGACUGGUUCCUCGACAAGGUUGUCGGCAAAAAGGCAAAGCUUCCACGGCAGAAGACCGCAUCCCCGUUGCACAAAAUGAAAGUCACCAUUUGUGGCAAAAGCAUCUGGAAUCACGCUAGCGAGAAGGCAAUGUCCCGAGACGGUUGGCUUCAAUUCUCAGUCUUGGCCAAGGACUGCAGCCUUGAAGACGCCAUCCAGCUCUGCCGGAACUGGGCUGAGUUUUCAGACCUGAACCUCCUCACUCUAUGGCAAUACUUUCCAGCCUCGAAUUGGCUCUCUUGGGGCAGCCACAGGUUGAUCCAGCAGCUUCAGGAACUAGAAUUUUUCCCGUAUUUUGUUGAUCUCGAUGCCCAACAGCACAGCCGCCAUAAUCAGGUCGGUGGUCGAAGCCAAGGUCGGCGUCAGCAUGAUAUCGUCGAGACGAGAAAUAUCGUUGUCGGCCACAUGAAACGCAACAACCCGAUCACUCGACGUUUCCUGCAGUAUCUUUUGAUGCGGGCCGGAGAGCUGUUGGUCUUGGUACGGGAUGGCAAGACCGGCCGCGUCAUCACAGCGCCUCCUGAGGAACACUUGUGGACAUAUCGCAAGAAGCAGGGCAUUGGAAGGGCUUCGAAGAAUGAAUGGGUGAACGUCUUGGAGGUGGGACCUGAAUACUUUGACAUGACCGAUGCGUUGCGAAAAUGGCGCCUUGGGUUCGAUGACUAUUACGACGUCUUCAUUUGGGACUUUGUGCCUGGUCAAUCGUCAAUGGUCACGUACAACGUGAUUAUAGCUGAACUCAGGAAUGCAUGGCGCAUUACACAACCUCGCGACAUCUAUGCUCAUAUGGAGCCACUCCUCCGAACCAUGACUAGGGAGAAAGACUCAAUGCGCACUCGACAAAUCAGGGCAGGUGAGGACGUCGAGAGCCUCUGGGAUAGUCUGAUGGAUGACAGGAACGAAUUCCUCAUGUUCAGUAUUGACGGAAAGAGUGUGGCUAGUCGCAGCGCAAAGGAGUUAUCCACGUCACCGUACGUGUUCUACUGCGAGGCUAACGUUGUCGAGGAUGAGGUCCUGUUUCCAGAUGAAUUGGUCUCUGGCAAGCAAAAUAUGCCUUUCAGAGAGAUCAGAAAUGGCAUCAAUCGCAUCGAGAGUGGCAUCUUGCCCAGCGCAGCCCGGCAUCUCGCGAAAGGCGUGGAGAUUUUGAACCAGGGUAAGGGUCUCAUGGCAGCGCUCCAUGGUACGAGAGAUGAUGAAAAAAACAUCUGGGCCUUACCCAAGGUCUGGGAGUCCGGAAUGAAGCAGGUACGCCGAGAGGAACCUACGGGAGAACAAAGCAAGCUCCUCAAACGUACCGGUCUUGAUACCACCCACAAGAGACCAUCAUUCGGGCAGCGACUUGACAAGGUAGACUGCAUGGAAAACAUGGAACGCGACAGAUCUUUCGAGUUCAAAGAGUCAUUUCAUGCCGGGGAUCUCGAGCCAGGAAGUGUCCAGAAAUAUUUUGAAGUCCAGGACAAAAUCGACAAAAUGCUCAAAUACGAUUAUCCCGGCCCUACCGACUGGGUAUGGUUCAUCGGAGAGGUACUUGAUUGGCUUCAUUUGCGAGCAGAGUACAAUGGCUAUGCACAGGAUCCUUCCGCACCAUGGCCACAUAGCUUUAUUAUCCAAGACAUGGUUCGGGCAUUUGUAGCCAUGGCUAUGUUCUUUCCUGACCUCGGCGUCACUGCGAUUGUGACCAACUUCCUAAAGUUGGACCAGUGCGAGGAUUUCAGGAACUCGCUCCUGUUUGACCCCAAAGAGCGAAGCAUGAGCCGACCUGAUCGACGAAGCCGAACGAGUUACAAGUUUCGUAGUCAAGAGUUCUGGGCGAAUUGGAAGACAGUCACGAAAACCACGAGAUACUACGCUGAUGUAUACCCCUUCGAUUGGAGCCUUGCGAUUCGUCCUAUCGUAGCUCACUUGUAUCGGGCAGGAAUUGUUGCGCCAGCAUACUAUCAAAAUGACCCACAAGUCGUCUCGGGAAUGGCCACGGCCAACACGGAGCCUCACCGUCCCGACAAACUAGACCUCUUCAUCAACUAUGAAGACCGUUAUGGCAACUUCCCCACGAAAUACCCACUAUUCUUUACUGCCCCAGAUGAAUGGCCAGUGCUGCUGCCGCAUGCACGGAACUUCGCCAACGCACAUCACAACGCCCGCUUUGCCCUCCUCCGGCUUUGGUCGGCGCCACACUUCUACCCUCUCAUGGUCGGAAUACAGAACCGGCAGGGAACCAGCUUUCUCGACAGCGCCGGCCGAUCUUGGCAGUGGAAGUUUGUGCCCAAAGACAUGCCCGGCAGCGAGUUCAGCGCACAUCACACCACUUGGAGAAGAUUGGAGCUGCUACGGGAACAGUUUGGAGACCGUGUGGUGAGCCGCGGGGACUUAGUUCUCGCCAUGGGAGAGGAUGCUGGGGACCUGUUGAGAACUUGUACGGCUGUGACGUUCGCCAUACAGACAAAGCCGUGGCUGCGAGAGAUUGACCUGUGGAAGAGUUUCAUUAACGUUGAUCUGGAAUUCUUACAGCAUUUAGAUGAGUUUUGGCUAGAUUAG